AUGAGCCGUCUUUGUAUUGCCACUGUUGUUGUAGCUCUUGUUGCUGCUGUUGUCCUUGUAGCUCUUGUUGCUACUGCUAUUGCCCUUGUAGCUCUUGUUGCUACUGCCAUUGCCCUUGUAGCUCUUGUUGCUACUGCUAUUGCUCUUGUAGCUCUUGUUGCUACUUCUGUCUUUGCAGCUCUUUCUU